AUGGAAGAUAUAUCAGAUCUUGAACUAGUAGCCAAAGCGAUGGCCCUUCCACCCAUCCCAUCCCCACUUCCUAUCAACUCCUCUCAGAACCAGACAUCACACCCUGCGACAAUACGAUCGACGAAUCCACCAGAAAUUCCCAAACCAUCAGAUAUACAGAAAACAGUUUCUACACCACCCAUCCCACCGAAAUGUACCACACGAAGAGAGGUUUUGGGACAAGUCGAAUCCCAAGAAGGAAAUCCAACAAAAGUCGAUAUCUCCACUACUGCUGGUAUCUCGUCUCCUGCUGCACGUGAAAGACAGAAUGGGAUGAUCGUUCUUCAACAAGAAGUCGAUGAAAGGAAGAAUGGAGUUGAGAAUGAUAAUGGUGUAGAUUCAAUUCAUAUAGAUUCAAAAGAUGAAAAUGAGGAAUUUCAGAAAAGACUAUCGAAUGAAGAGAUUGAUAUUGAUAUUGAUAAAUUAACAUUGGAGGACAGAAAAGUUUUGGAACCUCUUCUUUCCCCAUUCAAUUUGGACGAUAUAGGAAAUAUACGACAGUUGUUAGGUUUUGGGGAGGGACAAUUGGAAGGAGAUGAUUUAAAUAGGUCCUUACAAGAAACGGAGAGGGGAGAUGAGAAUGAAGAUUUUGAAAUAUCAGGUUUAGAUGCUGAGAACGGGUCUAAUGGAGGGGAAGAAGAUUUUCAACGUUUAUUGAUGUUGAUGGAAGCCGCAGAGGUAGCAGCGGGAACUAUAGAGAAUAAACUUGAUGGACUUUUGGAGGUUUUACGUGGAGAAGAGAGAGUGUUGGCGGAGAAUAUGACGGUACGUGAAGAUGGAAGGUCUUGA